GCCAGCAGCGCUGGGGACAGAAGCGGCCUUUCUCCGGGCCCGGCCAGCUCAGGUUCCUGCUGAGGCCUCAGACCACUGCGGUGGAGGGCCAAGCCCUGCGCUGCCACUGCCGUCGUGGGAGUAUGCCCGGGAUGCUGGGGCUGGCACUGCUGGCCUUGGCUGGCUCCAGCACCAUUGGCCUGAGCCGGGCCAGCGGCUUCACAGAAACUGGCCUCUCCCUACUGAGCUACCAGCUGUGCAGCUACCAGGAGACCCGGACGGUGCAGCGGGUGGAGGCAGUGCAGAAGUCCCACGUGGCCGAUGUGGCCUGCGGUGGCUGGGUCCUGUGGCAGCAAUGCCCCAAGACCGUCUACAGGACCCAGUACCUGACUGUGGAGGUGCCCGAGUCCAGGAACGUUACCGACUGCUGUGAGGGCUACGAGCAGCUGGGCCUGUACUGUGUCUUGCCACUGAAUCGGUCCACAGCAUUCACAUCAAGACCUGGGGUCUGCCCGACGGCAGCACCGGAGACACCUGUCUCCCCGUGCAGCUUGGACGCUGACUGCCCCGGACUUCAGAAGUGCUGUCCCCGGUCUGGGGGCCACCACUGUGUGGCCCCCGCACCCCAAGGUGUGGGUGCCACAGCUGAGUGGCGCCCGACGAGCUGGUACAAUGUGACCGUGCGGGUGAAGGUGGACUUCGAGGACCUGCAGCGAGCGGACCCCGAGCUGCAGAAUCACACACGUCUGCUCUGCUCUCUGGUGGCCAGUGCCUUGCAGCCGCUGGAGUCCAAUGUCCACCACCUGUACUCUGCUGGUGAGGCCCCCUCCUCCACCGUGUCCAGGCUGCUGCUGGGCCUGCCUCAGCCGCUGGCAGUGGCCAACGUCUCCGCCAUGCUGCAUGACAUCAUGAGGCGGGUGUGUGAAGUGAUCGGCAUCCAGGUGCAAGAUGUGGACGAGUGUGCCCAUGGUGGGCUGCACGCCUGCUCCAGGGCGCAGAGGUGUCUGAACCUGGAGGGCUCCUACCAGUGUGUCAGCCCCCAGGAGCCCGACUCGCCUCCCCAGCCGCUGAACCACACGGAUGAAGCCUGUCCCCCCAUUCGGGACCACGUGGCCCUCAACGUCACCGGGAGCGGCUUCCAGGUGUCCUGGAGCGUGAGUCCCCCCCGGAGCCGUGACUUCCACGCGCAGGUGUACCGGGGUGAGCAGCUGCUCCGGAGCGCCUGGACCAGUGGGCUGGCCCUGCAGGUGUCAGGGCUGGAUGCUGGGGAGCUGUACACAGUGAGGACCAGCUACCAGGGCUGCGGCACCAACAUCUCCAGCGUGCUGACCGUCAAGACUGCCGCCCGGGUGUUUGAACUGAUCGUAAGGAUCACUAACCGCAACCUGACGGAGCAGCUGCUUGACCCUGGCAGUGAGGAGCACCGGAACUUCUCCCGACAGCUGCUGCGCGAGGUUGAGAACUCCUGCUCCCGGGCCGUCUCAGACCUGCACAGAAAGGGGAAGCUGAGGCUGGAGCUCCUGUCACUCCGGGCGGGGAGCGUGGUGGCAACGCUCCGAGUCACCGUGAGAGACCCCGAGUACCCGGUGGGCAUCUCCACACUGGUCCCCGUGCUCCAGCUUCUGCACGCGAGCACCGUGUUCCAGAUCGACCCCCAGGGGACGCGGGUGCAAGACUGGGACGAGUGUGCCCACGACUCAGAGCACGACUGCUCGCCCGCCGCUGCCUGCAUCAACCUCGAGGGCUCCUACACCUGCCAGUGCCGCACGGCCAGGGACGCCAGCCCCACCCGGCCCGGCCGAGCCUGUGAGGGUGACGUGGUCAGCCCCACCGGACGUGGUCUGUCGGCAGCAGCGGGGAUCACAGCCUCGGCCCUCGGCACAGGCACCACAGCCCUUGUCCCAGAGCCCCCCACGUUCUCACUCAGCCCCAGGAACCCAGGGGGCACCCCGACGGCAGCCCAGGUCCCAAGCCCAGGGCGCCCGACCACGAGAGGGCCCGGCGGCACAGUCCCACAGGACAGAAACAGCGCAGGGCCCGGCCAGGAGGAGGAGGGGCCCAGUGCGGCCCCCAGCCCAGCCGUCGCCCCCUCGGCUCCCAGGCCAAGCCCUGGCCCAUCCCAGGGGACCACCGGCGGCCCCGUGCACUCCCCGGGGCAGUUCCUGGGAAACGUCACCACGGAGCCACCCACCUUGCCAGCCCCCACCCGUGGCCCCACAGGUCACGUCGAGUGGCACCCCAGCCAGCCCACAGAGGGGACGCCUCUGCACGCCACCGCACUGCAGCACGGGGACCCCGUGCCCUCCCCGUCCCGGGACUCCCCGUCAGUCCCCACCCCCGUGGCUCCGGAGACCCCUAGCUGCGCUCCUGUCCCCAUCGGAAAGGUCAGGGUCUCCAAUGUGACCGGCACCAGUUUCCACCUGGCAUGGCUGGCAGACGUCGCCCUGCGCCCCACCUUCCGUCUCACUGUCACUGCUCCGCGGAGCCCCGCUGUGGGUCUGGAGACCCAGGAGUGCAGCGCACAGCUGUCAGGGCUGGAACCUGGCGUCUUGUACCUGGUGGAGAUCAUGGCCAAAGCGUGUGGAAAAGAGGGUGCGAUUACACGGCUGAAAGUGAGGACAGCGGCCCAGAAGCUCAGUGGCAAAGUCAGGAUCGAGAACGUCAGGUACUCCGAGACCUUCCGCAACGCCAGCAGCGAGGAGUACCGAGGCUUCCUGGACCUGUUCUCCAGGACGGUGCGGGGCUCCCUGCCGGCCGCCCUGCGUCAGCACAUGGACUCCGGCGGGAUCAGAAUGAACGUCACCUGCAUCACCAAUGGGAGCAUCGUGGUGGAGUUUGAUCUGCUGAUAACGGUGGCUGUGGAUGUCAGGGAGGUGUCAGCCACGUUCCUCAAUGCCCUGGGGAACAUGUCUCAGCUGGAGGUGGUCAGGAGCGACACUUUCAUAUGGGAUUAUGACGAAUGUGAAAGGGGAGAGGACGACUGCGUGCCGGGGACCUCCUGCCGCAAUACCCUGGGGUCUUUCACCUGCAGCUGCCAGGGCGGAGCCUCCGACUCCCAUGUGGAGUAUUCUGGAAGAGCCUGCACAGGUGGCUCUCCUGACAGCUCCACCCCGACCUCUGGCCCAGAGCAGCACCCAGCCCAGGCAGGAACUUCUGCCGCCCUCCUCUCGGGCACCAGCCCAGAGCCCCAGAGCCCAGCACCGCGGCUGAACCUGACAGGCGCGGUCAGGGUGCUGUGUGAGAUCGAGCGGGUGGGCAUCACCAUCCAGAAGCGCUUCCUGCAGCAGGAGGCCAUCCCUGCGUCCUCCCUGUACCUGGGGCAGCCCUCCUGCAACGCAAGCCUCAGCAACGGCUCCCACGUGCUAUUGGCGGCCGGCUGGGGCGAGUGCGGAACGCUCGUGCAGAGUAACAAGACCAGCACUGUGGUGAAGACGGUCCUGAGGAACGACCGGUCCCCCGACGGCAUCAUCCACCACCCGACCAUCCUGAGCCCCAUCCGCUGUGUCUUCCGGAACGACCUCCUGACAUCGCUGGGGUACACCCCGAAGUGGGGGGUGUACACCGUCAUGGAAGACCUGCACGGUGCGGGCACGUUUGUCACGGAGAUGCAGCUGUUUGUGGGAGAUUCUCCCAUACCUCAGAAUUACAGCGUGUCUGCCAGCGACGAUAUCAAGAUCCAGGUGGGGCUGGACAGGCAGAAGAGCAGCCUCAAGGUGGUGCUGAUGGAAUGCUGGGCGACGCCCUCCAGUGAUGCCCGUGACCCUGUCACCUUCGGGUUCAUCAACAACAGCUGCCCCGUCCCCAACACCCACACCAGCGUGAUCCAGAACGGCGACUCCAGCAAGGCCCAGUUUAAGCUGAGAAUCUUCUCCUUCGUCAACAACUCCAUCGUCUACCUGCACUGCAAGCUGCGGGUCUGCAUGGAGUCCCCCGGCACCACGUGCAAAAUUAACUGCAAUGAUUUCCGGUUUCUGAGAAGCAGUGAAGGCUCCAAGGUGCUGGAGACCUCCUGGGGGCCACUCCUUCGCUCGGGAGGUGCGUCCGCAGGUGCGUCUCCGAGUGCAAAGCCGCACCUGGCCGCCAGCUACGUGGCCCUCAUCGCAGUCGCCGCCUUGUCUGUGGCGGCGGGGGCCGUGACCCUUCUGACCCUGCGCUACCAGAGAACCACCGGGAAAUACACCUUUAGAAUGCGGCCAGAUAACUUCGGCUACCAAGUGUUCUCUGGAUAGGGGCCCUGGCCACCAAGGUAACUGUGAGUCAAGCCUGGAUCUCAACUCAUGAAGCAUUAACAGCAGUCCAGCCAUGCAGCGCUUUGUUCCGGCGCUCAGAUGAGCCCAGGAGGGAAGGCGGCAGCCUCCAUCUGUCCCCAGGAGGCCGCUGCCCUGUAGGGUCCAGACCAGCAGCACCCCACCAGGCAGAGUGCUGGGGCAUCCUGGAUCCUCAGGGCCGGCACAAAAGCAGCUCCUCUCACCCGAGCCACCUGCACACCUGUCAUCAGACCCUCGACCUCCAGGCUGGCCCACGAAUGCCGUGCUCAACCACAGCCAGUGCCCAACACACUCAUCAGUUACGUAGCACUUCACGUUUUGCAAGGUUAUUUGACAAUGGCCAUGAGGCUCUUUUACAAAUAGGUCUGCCUUAUAAAGCCGUCAUUGCUAAUGUUGUUUCUAGGAGCUGUAUAAGAUAAUAAUAGAGAGAAUGGAUUGACUAUGUAACUAAAAUGUCCAAAGGUAUGGUGGUCUUCAGGAAAGGUUUGAUCCAGCAAUGUUGAUGUGACCAAGUCACUGUUUCACUCUGUGUUACCAGUUUGUUGUUUUUAUUUAUACAACAUCAGCACAAAAGAAUUCUACCUAUACAAAAAUCUAAUAAGUAAAAAUGCCCUGAUAUUUAGACCCUCUCAUGUUUUCAAACAUGUUCACAGCAACUUUUUCAUAUCACUGGGGAAGGUGUGAUUAGGUGAACUACAUACUUAAGGUCAUGAAUGAGUGAACAAGGAAAUGGAUCUAGAGUGUAACUAUUUUAGUCUAGAAUUCUCUCCAUGGCACUAUACUAAGAGAUACUGCUUUUUUACUUUCCUUGAAGCUAAUUAAAAUUGAUUAGAGAGCUAAUACCUACAAGUAUAGCAUUGUCCCUUGAUGAACUUAGAAUCCUAACAAGAUGUUAGUUUUCAAUUCACAAGAUUCAUUUCAUCGGAUCUAAUUAACUGUCACUCAUACAGAACAUUUGGGAAAAGGGCUAUUUUGAUUUAUUGGGUAUUCUUGGAGUAUGGAUGAUAUGUAAUAUGUGUGGAUAACUGAUGUGGAGCAAGUGAAUAAAUUGCAUGUGACA